AUGGAAAUGAAUCUCUUCAGAGAGGUGUCAAAUUAUUUGAAUUUAACAUGGAAAUUGGUAGACCUGCCCAAUCCAGGGGGGUGGGGCAAGAGGUUGAGCAACGGAACAAUGGUGGGAGGCAUCUUCCAACCGUUGCAGGAAGGUGAUGCUGACGUAGCGUUCUGCAACAUCUGGCAGCGAGACACAACCUUUGACAUUAUUGACUUCGGCCCGCCAUUGAAUAAGAUUUAUGUAACGUUCAUUGUCAGGCGCCCCUACCAGCUGAGUGAACGAUGGCAAAGUCUGAUUGGAAUCUUCGAAAACGAUGUUUGGCUGUUCACCUGCAUCACUUUUGUCAUAGCCAGUUUAGUAUUUUGGACAGGACAUAGCCUUGCGUCCUACACUGAGAUCAGACCGAGUCUGAUAGAGAGUGCCCUCAUAAUGUUCGGAAUGCUGAUGAUGUCUACAUCGUAUCAGCAUGCUUCCACGUUCCACCUGAGGCUGGUAGUUACCUGCUGGUUGGUGUUCACGCUGCUGUUCACGACAGCCCUGACUAGUUCUAUCGUGACUCGACUGACAGUGCCCCUCUACUCCCCUAGGGUGGACUCUGUACAGCAGCUGGUAGAGAGAGAUUACUACUGGACCCAACCUGUGUACCUCCACUGUCGAGCAACCUUGUCUCAGUUCUACUUCAACUUGGAUAACACUUGGCACCAUCAACUUGAAAGUAGAUACAAACACAUAAAGCUGGAAGACAUUGACGAAUACCUCAACAGUGAUGAAAGCAUAGCAAUUGUAGCCCAGCGAUGGGGAGACUGGGUCAUGUUUGAAAUGGAAGGGUUUGAUGAAACAAGAGAUCUGGCGGAGUUCAGACUGAUGCGUGGAUCAAUAAGAGAGGCGUAUACAUCGUUCGCUUUCAGGAAGCACUUCUCCUUCAACCAGCUGUUUACGAGAACCAUACAACUGUUUAUUGACCAUGGCUUGUGGGCUUAUUGGGUCCGUAAGCUGACUCAGGAGGACUUCAACAGGAAACAACUCCUCAUAGAAAAGGAUGUCACAGAGUUCAAUCAACCAGAGCAGCUGACUUUGAUGAAAUUACGCCCUGUGUUUUAUUUACUUGUGAUUGGCUUGUCACUGUCCUUUAUCGUAUUUUCAAUUGAGCUCUGUUAUCGUUAUUCUUAGUUUUUCAACAGUUCAUUGUGAAGAGUUUGAAAUUAAAUAUAUUUUACCCUUACGAAGAAAGGUAAUUUUGCCACACCCAUAAAUACAGUAGUCAUUUACAGAUAUACAGGUAUCCUAUAAUUAAUAAACUUUGAAAAAAUAAACAAAGCAACUAAAAAUUACUUUUGUUGUUCUUAAACUCAAAUGUUAUCUGUUCUAUUAUGUUAUUUAAUUCCCAUAAUUAAAAUUCUAAAGCAUUUUCCUCUAGUUUUUAUCUUAUUAAAAGCGUCAGUACAAUACCUCAUAUGCCCAAAUAUUAUUUAAGAAUAUUAUGUUGGUAACUUUGUGCUUGAAUUAAUACAAUGCAAAUAAACAAAAGAACUUGAGUUGACAAGACAUAGCUAAUUUACAAGACUUUUUUACUCAUUUUUUUUUAAGUAACAUCAUCUUUGAUCUUGUACUGUACACUGUUGACUACAAUUUAAUUAAAUAAAGUGGUGAUGUA